AACAAGAUUCCAAAGGGCGCGAAAUUCCACUUAGCUUGGUAGCCUCGCAAACCACAAAAAUUCUUCACGCGUCGCUCGUUCCCUAACGAUUGUUUACAGUUCCUACCGCAGUAGUCUAUUGCUGUGUGUUCUGUUUUCAGCAUUUACAUCAAGAGCUCUUGACGAGACAAGUGUUAUUUAGUUCUUUCUAGGUUGCAAAAGCUGAAGGUUGUUCAAAAUGCCGUCACGAGAGACAGAGGAAGUUGACUGGAACAACCAAGACCCAGCAACUGUAGUUUACAUGAUUGGUAUCUACGGCUGGAGAAAACGCUUCAUCUACUUCCUUAUUCUGGUCUUGUUGGUCAUUACCAUUGUAAAUCUUUCUCUUGUCAUUUGGGUCAUGAGAGUUAUGGACUUCAACCUGGAUGGUAUGGGCAAACUAAGAAUAACUGAUCAAGGGUUGAAACUGUACGGCGAAGCAGAAUUUGUCAAAGACUUGCGUGCAAACAUGAUACGACCAAGACAGAACUCUGAACUUACUCUUCAGUCCACGGCAAAUGUGACUGUAAAUGCCCGCAACUCAGAUGGAAAUAUUACAGGUCAACUUUUCAUAGGAAAUGAUGAAGUUGUGGCCCGCAACCAGAAGUUUUCUAUAAAGACAGACCAAGGAAAAAAUAUACUCUAUGCUGACAAAGAUAAAAUUGUCUUUGCAGCUGAUAAGUUGGAAUUUUCAAGUCCAAAUGGAGCUCAUUUCAGCGGUUCAGUUGAGACUGAGAGUCUUCGGGCCCCUCCCAAGAAAGACCUGCGAUUGGCUUCCUUGACAAGGUCCUUGCACAUGGAUGCUCCAGAUGGCAUGAGCUUUAAAUCUGCAGCUGGCAGUGUAAGAAUUUCAAGCCUACAGGAUGUGACAAUUAAAUCCAUGAGUGGAAAGGUUGUGUUGGAUGCAGAAGAUGUGUCAUUUAAAAAUCUAAAAAUUUAUACAGGGUCCGGUGGCUCACCUGCUGCCAAUGCCCGUGAAGUUUGCAUUUGUAAAAAUGGAAAGAUUUUCUUAGCAGCAGCUCAAAGCCAUUGCCAAAGCAGUGCCAGUAUUUGUGAUUAAUGUGUUCUGGUGUAAACUUUUUAUAAUCCAUGUGACUUGCAAAGAGCCUAUGGAUCAUGUCAUGGUGUCUUCCAACGACUUGCCUAAACAUGGCAGUAAGAAUGGUUUAAUUUUGUAUUAAAGCUUGGUUGAUAGCUGUAAUCAGGAUUACAGAUAAUAACUGACAUUGUAAUAAGGACUCAUUGGAGUCCAAUUCAGGCUGUAAUCAUAUGAGUGAUGGACAAAAUCUAAAAACUGCAAAAAGAAAAAGUGUGUUUUGACAAUCACAAGUCCUGUUUCAAAGUCCUGUUGCAAACUGAUUAAAACUAUAGCAAAGCUUGAGAAACAAAACACCCACUGGAUGAAAGAAAUCAGAUUUAUAAAUAUAACAGUUGAAUUUUUUGCCAUAAGAAAAUGACUCUAAAAGUCUUUGACUCUUUCACUUCCAAGAUCAUAAAAGAGCUCAUAAGAGCUUCAGAGUUAAAACAGUGUGUACAAGGCGACCAUGUUUUCAAAUUUUGUUAUAGUUUUGAAUAAUCUGGAAACAGUUUUAAGCAUCUAGGUUGGAUGGCUUUGAAGUAUUUGCAAAAGUAUAAUGAUAAAAGCUUUGGGCAUUUUUUCUCCGACCUCUUUUACCAUAAGACCUUUUCCUGUUAUAAAUAUGUUAGAGCUAAUACUUCAAAGGCAAUUUUUUUAAGAGAAUAUUUUCUAGUGGCAUUUUGAGCCAGGUUUGUUGGUAUAUUUGCAACUUCUUUGUAGCUGCUUGGGUGCCAUUUUGUAAUCAAUAUUACUCACUUUGUGUUAGUGAAAAGGAGAAUUUCAUUAUUUAUCCAACUUUAUUGGUAGAGAUGUGGUAUUUUAUCCUCAGUAUGAUAAAGACUAUGUUUUAAGUGUGCAUCUCUUUUUAAAGAAGAGAGGAAUUGUUUACAUUUAAAGUAAUGUACAAGGGUACUUCAUCAAAGUUCUGUUAAACCAUUGAUAGCUAAAAAAAAUGCUUAUUUUUGAAAGUAGUUAUCGGGGUAGUUAUUCUAUUAUUUAUUAGGAUAGAGAUGGUGUGAAAAGUAACUUUGAUUACUUUUAGGCUUCAGUCAUGGAAGUAGAGAAGAUAAUAGUUGUAAAUCUUUGUAACUUUUUGCUAUCUAAUGGCAUUUUCUGUGAAAUAUUUACAGCAAAUGUAUAGUUCUAAAAUACAUAGGAAUUUGCUUAGAAUGUGUGUGUUGAUGUUGUUGUUAGGCUUAUUAAUUUCAUGAUGGAAAUAUCUAAGUUCUCCUCCGUGACGGUUUUGUAAUUUUUCUGUAAGGAUUCUUUUAUAGAUUCUUUUGUAAAAUUUUAUGAAUUUUAUACAGCAUUACCAAAUCCUUUGGCAAUAUUAUUACUUGUUCUUCUUUUAAUCUAUUUCUUGUUUUUCUUUUUCUGUAUUUUCUGCCUGUCUGACAGUUUCUUUUUUUAUAGGGAGAAUUAUAAUAUUUAUCAAGCAGAAACUGGCUAGAUGUUGGAAGCUCACUGUAGUUACCUUGAAAUAUUUGUUGAUUAAGGCCUUUCCCUUAAAUGUAACGUAAUGCUGUCAAUAAAUGGUUGGGUAUGCUAACAUCAA